AUGAGCUGGCAACAAUCACCGAAGUGCGCGACAAUCCUGCUCGUGGUGUCAUCGGCCUUGGCGCAAUACGAGGGCUAUGGCAGUUUCGAGGGUCACGGCUUCGAGGGCCACGGCUUCGAAGGUUACGAUGCCAAGGAGCCAAUAGAACACCAGAGCUUGGACGCGCACCAUGGCGAGGACUACGAUAUCGACUACCAUGCGCAUCCAAAAUACUCCUUCGACUAUUCCGUGAAGGACCCCCACACGGGAGACGACAAGGAGCACUGGGAGACUAGAGACGGUGACAAAGUAAAAGGAAGUUACACCCUGAUGGAGACGGACGGCACUAAACGCGUCGUGGAGUACGAAGCGGAUGACAAGAACGGUUUCAACGCGGUCGUCCACAGAAUUGGGACCCCCAAACACCCGCAGGAGUACAAAGUGAGCAAGCCGGUCUACGAAACGCAGAGCUACCAGCACGAGUUCCAGAAUGAGGAGAGCUUUGUACCGUCAUACGGGAGCUACGAACAU